CUUCGAACCACUCCGAGAUGAAACCCCUCCUUCUUCUCAACGCGCUUCUAAGCGCAUCCUCCGCUAUGGUGUUCCCCCGCCAGACCACACAUCUCGGCGGAAACAGCACCAGAGAACUGAAAAACUGCCAGCAGCCCGACGACGCUUUCCUCCAACUGACUGAGCAAUUAGAAGCUGAGGAAGGGGACGGGACCGCACUCGUGCCCAGAGCAGACGUCGAGAUCGAAACAUAUAUCCACGUCAUUGCCGCGGGGAAGAAAGUAGAAGAUGGAUGGGUUUCGGACGAAAGCAUCACCCAGCAAAUGCACGUCAUCAACGCCGCCUUCGCCAAGCGCGGCCUACACUUCACCCACGCCGGCACAACGCACACGCUCAGCAAAGACCUUGCCAUCAUCACCGCCGGCGAGCCAAUCAGCAGACUAGGCACCCAGCUGCGCCAGGGCGGCUACGACGCGCUGAAUCUGUACAUCGUGAAGGACAUGCCCGGCAACGUCGCCGGCGACUGCACCUUCCCCGUGCCCAACCCGGGCCCAGCCUUCCCCAACGACGGCUGCCGCUUCAACUGGGACACCCUGCCGCCGCGGUCCAAUGGCCGCGUCGUGAUCCACGAGAUUGGGCAUUGGCUCGGCUUGCUGCAUACGUUCCAGGAGGGCGUGGUAAAUCCGACGUGCACGACGGGGCAUGGUGAUCGCGUUAAGGAUACGCCGAUCCAUUUGAGGCCGAAGGGGCUGGGGUGUGGGAGGGUUAGUACGUGUCCUGGGAAGGGCAGCGAUCCGGUGCAUAAUUAUAUGAGUGAGUGAUUUGAUCUUGUUGGGGGGAGGUGGGGGAGCGGGGUUUUUGGUGGACUGGGCUGACGCGUGGUAGAUUAUACGCCGACGAGUUGUUGGACGGGGUUUUCGGAUGGGCAGGCGAGGAGGAUGCAUAGUAUG